GGAGAGCUGCGGCUGCUGCUGCGGCACCAGGAAGCGCAGCUGUGCGUACACUCAGACUUCCCUGUGCGCUUGGUCACUCACAGGCACAGCUGCCCCAGGUCAUGCCGCGGCUCGGCUGCCCUGCUCCAGCCCUGCUGGUCUGCACCCUCGCUGUGCUGUCCAAAAUGGCUAUGUCGGUGGACCAUGUACCAAUGCUGCUUUGGUCAGCUCAGAGAUUACAGUGGAAUCCAGACACUGCUUUGCACGAAGGACAUAUUGUCUCAGCACGGGAGCUGACUGAAAUCUUGCAGCCUGUUUUAACCCAGAAUCCCAGAAACCUCAUCUUGUUCCUGCAAGAUACGCUUAGCGUGGAUGAUUUCACCUACUUCAGUGAAUCCCACGGUAACAAGAAUCCAUUUCCAAAUGUUCAGGAAAGUCUUCAGACUUCUCCUUCAUCUUUAGUUUUGCCAGCUGUUGACUGUGAGGCUACCAGGUAUCUUCUGAGCUUUCUUCAGAAGUCAGCAGACUGGAAACUAACAAAACUAACUAACCUCAGUGUCUCUCAUCUGGAAGUGGAUACAUCUAAACCAAACCUAGUGGUGGUUCAGCUACAACAGCUCAGUGGUUUCAAUGAACUCUCUGCCCUGGAAGCAAUUGCAGAAAAUGACAAAACAAUUGGAAGGCUGACCAUGGAUUUGCAGGAACAAGGGAUUCCUUUUUCAGUGAUUUAUACUGCAUUGAGACCUUCAAGGAUUUCUAGAAGAACUGAUGUGGUGUGGGAAUUGGGACGACAGUUGAUGGCCACUGAGGAAGAAGAGAGUUUAUCGUAUCCUCCUCUGAAUGUAACCACUGGAAAUGCCUCAUGCAUCCUUUUCUAUGCGACAAAUUUCAGCCUCAAAGCCAAUAAUUCAGUUUUUAUUGAUUUGACAAAUGUAACAUUUGUAACCCAGAAUGUGGAUGUUUCUUCCUCUGAAUGCUCAGACAUCAACACAGUACUGUCAUUAAGAUACACAGAGCCUGUGAAUGGAAUCAGCAGCCUAGAGAUAAGGUUUUUAAUGUCCAACGAGUUCUAUGGAGGCUCAGCCAGAAACUGGUCUACUUUACAUUUAGUUGAAAUCGUACAGGAUGAAGAAAAGUUUGCUAACUUUAGCGUUUCUGCCAUCUCUGCACCUGCAGAGUAUUCAUUUCAUUGCCAGCUGGUGGGAACAAGCAAUCUCUAUCCUGCAAGGUUGAUUCCAUCCAACGAUGAGGCAAAAAACUGGGAAGUUUUCAUUUCCAGUUUGCAAAUUCAAGGCUUUAAUGUUGAAAACAACCAAUUUUCCUAUGCAAGUGACUGUACAGGUUUCUUCACUCCUGGAAUCUGGAUGGGCUUGGUGACGUCUAUCAUUUUACUGUGGAUCCUGUCCUAUGGAAUCCAUAUGAUCAUGCAGCUCACAACAAACAGCAGAUUUGAUGAUCCUAAAGGUCCAGCUCUGUCAGUUCCUCAGACAGAAUAGCCAUGUUAAUGCCUAGUGAUUAAUGCUGCUGUGACUUUUCCUCAUUUGAUAUUUAUGUCUAUUUCUACUUCAUAGCAUUGUAACCUGGAAAGAUAUCAUACAGAAAGAGAUAAUCAAACUACAUUAAAAAAAUAUCCUUCUGCUUGACAUAAUAAUUCUGCUUGUUAUUACCAUCACUUAUUAACUGCUAUCUGUCUUCAGAUAGCUGUUAAGAGAGAGCCUGUAGAGAUAUCACUCUUUCUGGCCAUUAGAAAGAACAUGAUAAACUGCCUUCAGGUUAUAUAUUAUUAGGAAAGAAAGGAUAUUAUGACAGAGGUAAAUAAGGAAGAUAAAGUAAGUUAUUUGAUAACAAAGUGCUUGUCUCUCUAAAAAGACUCUUUAGUACGUGUGUGAUGUUGAUACUGCAAGAAGACUGAACUGCCUCAUGUCAUUUUUUCUCCUGAGAAAACCAAUGGAAAAUGUACAGAGCCAGUAAAGUAUAAGCCACUAAAUAUAUGGUCUUGAAGAGUCUUUCCAAAUACAUCACUCUGCCCAGGUGCAGUAUCACAGGUGAGAAUAGGUGGCCUGAGGUUUUACUUCCCUCUAAUAUUAUUUUAUGCUAGUGAAAAUUAUGUUAAGCAACUCUAAUUCUUGUGUUUGCUUUAGCCAUGGACAGCUGACAGAGUUACUAAGCAAGAUAGGUCCUUGUCCAACCUGAUUACAAACUUUUGUUUGGUGUCAUGGUAAGGAAUGCAACUUUUCAAGCUCAUAACCUACUAUGUUUCAAUGUGCCAGUGCAGACAACAUCUUAACAGACACAAGGAAAUUUUCUUAGCAUCUCUCCAAGUGUCAUUGGAGCAGUUAUGAAGUUUGCAUUUAGAAAAAGGGAGGGGUAAAAAAAGACAUCACAUAAAGUCAUUAGAAGCACUGUGCCACUGUACUGUGAAGGUCUGAGCAUGUUUAUGGUCCUCUCAAUGAUUCCAGAAGCCUGAAAACAGUGUGUGCUGAAUUCUUCUGCAAUUAAUAAAGACACUUCAUAUUUGUUCUUUC